UUUUCUAAAGUAAAUUAACCAAAAAAACCUAACCCAGUGCUGUCGAGUCGAUUCCAACUCAUAGUGACCCUAUAAGACAGAGCAGAACUGCCCCAUAGAGUUUCCAAGGAGCAUCUGGUGGAUUCGAACCGCCGAUCCUUUGGUUAGCAGCCGUGGCACUUAACCACUACGCCACCAGGGUUUCCAAAAGAAAUUAAGUCCUAGCUAAUUCGUUUGCCACUAUAUAAAGUUAAAUACAGUCUUUCAAAUGUAAAAUAUAAUUAUAUAGAAAUAUUUUCCUUUCUGGUUUAAUUACAAAGGGAAAUAGGACUUAACUGGUAUUUUAUAAUUGAAGGGCUUAUUAUUGUUUAGUAAAUAUUUACACCAAAACCAAACCCACUGCCAUCAAGUCAAUUCCAACUCAUAGCAACCCUAAAGGACAGAGAACUGCCCCACAGAGUUUCCAAGGAGCACCUAGGUGGAUUCACACUGCCAACCUUUGGUUAGCAGCCAUAGCCUUUUAACUGCUACACCACCAGGGUUUCUAGUAAAUAUUUAGGGAUUAUGUAUUUAAGUCCAUGAGUAAUUAUAUAUAUAAUAAAAACAGAAACACUGGUGGUGUAUGGUUAAGUGCUACAGCUGCUAACCAAAUAUGUUAGCCCUAGCUAAAAUGCAUAAUAUAUUAACUACGUUUUCAUUAAAUUUUUUAGGUUUGCCUAAAAAGGAGCAUUUAAACAGUUUGCUCAUUCAAAAAUGGGAAUUAUGGUUUCUGGUGGAGCCCUGGUGGUGCAGUGGUUAAGACCUUGGCUGCUAACCAAGAGGUCGGCAGUUCAAAUCCACCAGCUGCUCCUUGGAGACUCUAUGGAGCAGUUCCACUCUUCCUAUAAGGUCGCCAUGAGUCAGAAUCCACUUGGUGGCAAUGGGUUUGGUUUUUGAUUUUCCGGGGAGAAAUAAUCAGUAAGAUUUUAUGAUUGCCUUAAAGUAUUUUAAGUUUUACUUAGUAAAUAAUGGUUUUAAUAUACAGAACAGUAUGGCUAAAUAUUUUGAAAUAAUUUUUUUCUAAACAGACCUACUCAAUAUUCACUGCUAAGAGGUAGUCAUGAUCAGUCAGUAUGUUUGCUCUUACUACAUCUGUAAAUGAAUAUAUAUGUGAUAAUAUAGAUUAAACUAUAUUUGAGUUUACCUUUGGUCUUAAUCUACAAUAUAUUUGAUACUUUUCCUUAACGUAAUCUUCUGACACAGCUAAAUCAUAAUUUCAUUUUCUCUCCUUUUUUUCUGCCCCAACUAUAGAAAAAAUGAGAAGUAUAAUAGCCAGAAAAUGAUCAAUCACUUUUUCAUUCAUUCAUUCAUUCAUUCCACAUUUAAUGAUCACUUGCUAGAUGCUUAAAAUAUGAAGAUAAAUAAGACAGUGUCCCUGCCCUCAAAGAGUUCACUGUCUAGGGGAGAGACAGGCACACACAUAUGAACAGGUUAUUACAAAAGCUUCAAGGAGAGGAACCCAACCCAGCCAGGAGGAGGAGGAAAGGCUUCCUGGAGGAAGUUAGCCAGGCAGUUAAGGGGCAGCAAGGAGACUCACACUCAGCAGAGUGGACAUCAUGAGCAAAGAAAAGAAGUAAUAAUGUAACGUAUUUAAGAAUUACAAAGAUUUCCGUAUUGCUGGAGCCAAAUAAAGUUUUGGGUAGGGAAGAAUGGGUGGCAAGAUACUUAGCAGCAGAGAAACAUUUUGUCAAGAAAAUUCUCCAUCAAAUAUGGCAGAAUAAAGGCUAUUGGAAAAAAAAUACUUUAAGGAUGAUGUGAAUGCUAAAUCCCUGCCCCUACAAAUGAAGCAGGAGGGUAGGCAAGGGCCAGACCCGUGGGGAGCCUUGUAUGUCAUCACUUGGACUUCAUCCUGUAAAUGAUGAAGAACCAUAGACAUGUUUGAGCACAGAAGUGUCCUGGUCAGGUUGGGCUUUAGAGAGAUUGUUAGAGUGGCCAUGUGAAGGGAAUAUUUGAAGCAGACCAGACUACAGAGAAGAGGACUGGUUGGAUGGUAGAUCUGCAUGCAAGAGACAGUGGUGGCAAAAGUGGAGCAGUGGGGCAGAAUCAAGAAAUACUGAGGAGGUGCAAUCAAUGGGACAUAAUUGGAAUUGGUAAUAAAAAACAGGAAAAAAUCUCCAAGAUUCUGGUUAAGGUAUGACUUGGUGCCACCAAAUAAUAAAGGAAGAGGAUCUAAUCUGAAGGGAUAUGGUUGAGUUCAAGGCCUAUGUGAAAUCUCUCUAGAUAUCUAAUAGGUAAUUAUAUAUAAGUUCAAGAGUGAGAUCCAGAUGUAUAUGGGAGUUGUCAGCAUAUAGGUUGUAUUUGAAAUAAUAGUGUUGAUGAGUUCACCCAAGCAGAGAGUAGAAAUGAAGAGACGCAAACAUAGAUGGAGCCCUUGGCAGUACUGCUGUUCAAGGGAUGAUUAAAAGCAAAGGAGUCUGAAGGAAUCCAAGAAAAAAGGGCCAAAGUGGUCCUAACUAAGGGGCCUAGGAUCAGCAGCAGAAGGAAACGAAAAGAAUAUACUGGAUUAGAAGUUUUGGGAACGAUAGCACAAACAAGACACAAACUACAAAAGGAGGAUGUAAAAUAGGAACAUUAGACAGUAAGUUGCAGAAUACCAACAAAUGAGUUCUGGGCCAUUCUGCUGACAGCCGGCCAAAGAGGCUGGCUGCUUACAGGUUUCAACAUUCCACAUUCCUUCCCUGCCUCACCUCAGUUUCAUCGUCUGUUAAAUAGGAAUAAUAAUACCUCCUUCCUGGAUAUGUCCUAAAGAUGAAAUGUGAGGACAUACUAAAAAUGCUAGGCAUUCCAUAAUAUUUAGUUCUUCCCCCUCCCCUUUCCUCUUGUAAGUAUUCAAACCAAAAUAUUCAAAUGAAUUAGCAGAUGGUAGAGACUUUGUUCUUUACAUGUGCAGAGAAAACUAUAUCAUUUCUGUAUACUUCCAAGAAAUUUCUUGGCACCUAGCCCAAAUUUAUAAUCCAAAAUUAAAGUUAGUUUAUAGGUGACUCUUAACCAGAAUUUCUCAUUGUGUGUCUGAUAAAAUAACAGUAGAUUAUGCUAGCCACAGGAGGGGUGCACAUAAUCAUCAUAGGAGCUGUGGAAUGUAUUACUCUCCUUCACGCCUUCAUUCUUAAAGUUAACUAAAUAGGCACAAGAGCCACAGAGAAAGACAUCCAUCCUUCUUCAAGGUGUCAACAACCACCUGGCCUAGAUUUCCCAGACAAUGCAGACUCGAAGUACUCGAUCCUGUACACCUUCUAAACCAUCAAAAUGCCCUUGAAGUUCUUGGCCUUUUCUCUGAUUGGAAGCAAAGUAUCCUUCUUUCAACCCGAUGAUGAAGUAGUAGGAAUUUUACCCCUGGAUUCUGAAGACCCUGGGCUUUGUGAAGUCAUUAGAGUACAUGAGCAUUACUUGGUUCAUAAACCAGAAAAGGCUACAUGGACAGAAGCGGCUGGAACCAUUCGGGAUGGAAUGCGGGCCUAUACUGCUCUGCAUUACCUUUCUCAUCUCUCGCCAGGAAAGUCGGUGCUGAUAAUGGACGGAGCAAGUGCAUUUGGAACAAUAGCUAUUCAGUUAGCACACCACAGAGGAGCCAAGGUGAUUUCCACAGCGUGCAGCCUGGAAGACAAGCAGUGCCUUGAAAGCCUUAGGCCUACUAUAGCCCGAGUGAUUGAUGUAUCUAAUGGGAAAGUCCAUGUUGCUGAAAGCUGUUUGGAAGAAACAGGUGGCCUGGGAGUAGAUAUUGUCCUAGAUGCUGGAGUGAGAUUAUAUAGUAAAGUUGAUGAACCCACUGUCAAAUUACAACUACCACAUAAGCAUGACAUCGUCACACUUCUAGGUGUUGGAGGCCACUGGGUAACAAGAGAAGAAAACCUUCAGUUGGAUCCUCCAGAUAGCCACUGCCUUUUCCUCAAGGGAGCAACAGUGUCUUUCCUUAAUGAUGAAGUUUGGAAUCUGUCAAAUGUAAAACAGGGAAAAUACCUUUGUAUCUUAAGAGAUGUGAUGGAGAAGCUAUCAACGGGUGUUUUUAGACCUCAGCUAGAUGAACCCAUUCCACUAUAUGAGGCCAAAGUUUCCAUGGAAGUUGUUCAAAAAAAUGAAGGAAGAAAAAAACAGGUUGUUCAAUUUUAACUUUAUUCUUCC